AUGUAUCAUGCCAUUAAAGAAUGGGGUGGAACUCCUUUUGGCUUUAUUGAUGAUGUGACUAUUACCGUUGAAGAUGAGAAAGUGCAACUUACUUUACCUAAUGGAGAACUUCGUGAACCCCAGAAGGAAGUUAAAUUGCUUGGAAUUACUUUGAACAAUCUGCUUGAUUUUAAAUCUCAUAUUUUGAAUAAAAUCAAUAAAGCAAGAAAAGCUGUUGGUGCUAUUUGGCAUCUUGGUGGCGUGCAAAAAAGAAGAAUUGUUGGUGCUUAUCGCACAACUCCUAUUGCGGUACUACAAAAGGAAGCUGGUAUUAUGCCAUAUAGUAUUAGGCUAAAAUUUAUGGUGGCACGAAAAGCUAUUCGUUUACACCUAAAUAUUAGCAAAACUAAUCCUAUUAAUGGUCAUUUGUUAACAUUGAUUGAGAAAUCUCCAAUUGCAAAGCUAACCACGCUUUACAUGUUGGCGAAAGAUGAUAGAGACUAUAUGAUUAAAAAGGAUGAAAAACGAAAAUGCAAGAGGGUUGAACCUCUUACACUGAAACAACAACAAAAUCAGACGAUUGGAAUUUUGAAGAAACAAGCAAUGGAAGAAUGGCAAGAAAUGUAUUGGAACAGCAGUAAGGAUCUGUGGUAUCAUAAUAUCACAGUGGAGUCGAAAUGUACUGAUAAUCUUUCCAAAAUGGUUACGGGAGUGAUCAUGAAGAAAGAUAGUCGAAGGAUCUUGAGUAAUAUUACUCAGUUUCGCACAGGCCAUGGCAACUUUGGCGCAUGGUUUAAAAAGUUUGGAAUUGAAAAGGAUAGUUACAACUGCAAAUGUGGAGAGCUGGAAACAGUUCAUCACAUUUUAGUUGAGUGUCCUUUGCUUGAAGAGGAAAGAAAAGGACUGAAACGGAUAUCUCCAGAGAUGGACAUGUCGACUCUCUUAAACAGUUUAACUGGCUUACAAGAGAUUGUAAGCUUUAUCUCUGCUUGGAGGGAUUAA